ACACCCAUUAACAACUCCGCAGAGUGCUCAACAACACCGAAGUGAAGGAGCGUAAUAGUACAAUCUCCAGACAUGCAUGUUUCGGCGUUCAACGCCUCGUUGAAUAUAUAUAUAUAUAUAUAUAUAUAUAUAUAUAUAUAUAUAUAUAUAUAUAUAUAUAUAUAUAUAUAUAUAUAUAUAUAUAUAUAUAUAUAUAUAUAUAUAUGGCUUGCCGUAUUCUGUAACGUUCUUUCUGGAUUUCUUCGAUCUGCCACUCUUCUUGACAAUUCGCUUGUUUCGGGAUUGAUCUCAGGAACAACUUCAAGAAUCGCUUGAAAAAUUUCGUCUUCAAGAAUGUCGUCAGAAACUGCUUUAGGAACAGCUUGAAGAUGUCGUCUAUUUCUCCGCAUCUUUUUCCCCUCUGGAGUGUCAACAAUGUAUGAUCUUGGUGUAGAUCCAUAUCCACUGACAACUUCAACAGGGCUCCUUUUCUUCUGAUUAUCGGUUUUCACCCGAACAGUUUGACCUGGUUCCAAAUCAGAUAAGGACUUCACACUAUGCCUCUUGUUAUAAGCAUGACUAUAUCUUUCUUUCGAUUCCUUGUCUACUUCGCGUACAGUCAGAAGAUCUGGCCAGGCUGGUAACAGAUUACGAAUAAGUGUUGGAAUAGUUGUGCGAAUCUGUCUUCCCAUGAUCAAUUGACCAGGACUUACACCUGUCGCUGGAAUUGGAGUUGCUCGAUACACCAUCAACGCGAGGAACGAAUCCGUUUGCUUCAAGAUUCUCUUGGCUAUCUUGACAGCAAUUUCCGCUUCUCCGCUUGCCUGCAGAUACUGUGGACUAGACGAAACAUGGAGAAACCCAUACAGAACGCUAAACGAUCUAGAAUCCUCUGAGGAAAAUGGUGGACCAUUGUCACUUAUUAGGAUUUCAGGAACUCCCCAUCUUGCGAAAAUGCCCUUCAACUUAGCUAUCACCGUCCUGCUUGUUAAAUCUGGUACAUAAACAAGCUCAAGAUACCGGGAGUAAUAAUCUACUACGACCAAAUACUUCUUUCCGUCUAAUUCAAGUGCAUCGACCGCUACUUUCUGCCAAUGACGCUCGGGUAACAAUGUUGGUUUCAAUGGCUCUCUUAUUUGUGAUGGUUGGUUAAUUUGGCAAAACUCACAACGUGAAACCUCCUCUUUAAUGUCCUUGGAAAUACCAGGCCACCAAACGGAGGAAUUCGCACGUGCCAAGCAUUUCGUCACCCCAAGAUGACCAUCAUGAAUCCUCUGAAGCAUUUCCAUUCUCAUUGACGCUGGAAUGACUAUUUGAUCACGAUAAAUUAAUUUCCCUUCGACGCACGAAAGUUCACCACGAUAAGGAAAAAAACAUCGUACUUCUUCAGGAACCUGCGUCUGAUACUUUGGCCAGCCACUUAGAACUAACUUUGUUUCUUUUUGAAGCACUUGAUCUUCUUUAGUUGCGUUCUCUAUUAACUGAAUCUUCUCUUUCGACGCUGGUCUACUCGACUCAACUACGUUUAGGAACAUUUGUACCUCAUCAUCAAGGUUGUCGCUGACAUUGGUGUUGGAGAUCAACGGACUUCGAGACAGAGCAUCGGCAAGAACAAGAUCUUUCCCAGGAAUGUGAACAGAGAUGAUGUUAAAUCUACGCAGACGCAUCAAUAGGCGUUGACAACGGAUCGGAACUUUGUCUAGGGUUUGCUGAUUUAUCAACGGUACGAGAGGCUUAUGGUCUGUAGGAUCUAGCUAGGUCAAGCCCGAAUUUAGGGAUUAACCCGCGAUCGGGCAGAGACGAACACAUGUUUUGCUUUAUAUUCGAGAGACGAACUCGCGUUGAUUUGUGUGCUUUAUAAAAGUUGUUUGAACGUUGUAGUGUUGUAGUAUAGCCAGAGGACUAACAGUCAGGUAUUUGUCUUGUAUCGUUUUAUUGUUUGUAAUCGUAUUUGUAUAGUUAAAUAUCUAUGUUUUGUAAAUUUAUUGUUUAGAAACCACACGUUGACACGGUGACACAGUGAGAUUAUAUAUUUUGACUUUGUAUCAAUAAAUAUUAUAUAUCCUUUUGGACAUUUGGAUUGUUUAUUCUACUGGAAUAUAUCGUGCGUUUCGCUGACGUUUUAUUGGGGAAAUACUGCAACUUACAGUUUCUGACUACCUUCACGGUAUUUAUAUUUGAAAUUUGAAUUGAUGUCAUUUCCGACAUUUUUGUAUGCAGAUAUAAAUUGUCUUACAUGAAGUUCUACGUAUUGGACGAAACUUUAUGAUUAUCUUACAUGACGUUUACUGGUUGAACGCGAUUUAAACUGCCUUAAUUGGUUCGCAUUUACGGAUAUUUAGAGGUUUUUUUUUUUUCAAUAUUUACUAUCAAUGAGUGAGAAGAGGAAUUAUACGGGACGUCUGGAUAUGGAUGUCGUUAGGGGUACUAGGGGCCCCCCUCUACCCGAAGAACAAUCCAGGUAUUAUUCAACCGAACGAGUAAGAAGUUCGGGUUAUUUACUGCAACAAAGGCAGGAACAUUUGGAUUAUACUGCAGAAUGGGUAAACAGAGUUGAAUUGCCAGAGAGAGCCCAUUCUACUUGCCCAGUCAAGAUUACUGAGCCUAUCGUGGGAGAGACCCGGCAGAGGGUAACUCGAUCUGCCCCUGCACUUAGCAUCAGGUCAGGAGUGUCGAACAGGUCCACUAUUGUCAGAACUAAACUCGAACUAGAGUUGAAGCAUUUAAAGGAAAAACAGAGACUAGAUCAGGAACAGAGAGAGUUACACUUAGAAACGCAAAGACACGAAAUGGAACAACAGAAGAAGCUAGCUGAGCUGGAAGAAAGGCGCAGAUUGCAUGAAUUAGAGGUAAGAUUGGCAGAAGCACAAAUGCAAGAACAGCUAGAACAUGAUGAGGAUGAUCCAGAUUCAAGGUCAAAUCGAGGUGAUGAUUAUCCAGAAAGAUUGGAUCACUUGGAGGAACAGGUUGAUCAUCCUAUAGCUGCUAGUGGUGUGAACAACAACAUUGAAACUUCUACGAGAGACACCACAGAUAUCCCAAGAGUCACAUUAGCUAAUCAAACAAGUUUGGAGACCCACAAUUCACCAUCAGCACAGUUACCAGAGACUACCCGAAAUGGCGAGAUUCCACCACAGCCGAGUCGAAUGCAACCAUUUCCAAACCACCCCCAGUGUAGUCCACCAUAUGCAAGAAGACCGCCACGGGACGGUGACCAGCAACCGUCAUUCCAUGAUCGCCUACCAUUGGAACCAAACCCACAAUCAGGGCAAUCACUUGGUUGUUAUCGUGAACAAUCACUCAAUAUACAAGGGCGGCAACCCCCCGUGUUUGUUCCCCGGUAUCUCAGUGGUCAACACAACCCACAACAUUUGGGGACCUAUAUCACCAAUAAUGUAUCAUUACCAGAACCCGAUACCACUGCCCAGCAGAUAUUUGAGCAUCAACAACAAGCCCUCAACUUGAUGGCAAGCACAAUUGGAACUACCAUAAGCAAGGGAUUCGAAAUGCCACGAAGAGAGUAUAUGACCUUUGAUGGCAACCCGUUGACCUAUCCCAGCUUCAUGGAGAAUUUCAAAACUAAUGUAGAAGACAUUGAGCCCAGCCCUAAUGCUAGACGUAACUUCCUGAUACAACUAUGCAGUGGAAAGGCGAAGGAAGCUAUAAGUGGAACAGUAAUGUUACCUGCAGAGGAAGGUUAUAUUAAAGCCAAGUCUAUCUUACAUGAGAUGUUUGGACAAACACACAUAGUCGCAGCAUCCCACAUCGAUAAAAUCACUGGAGGGGGACCAAUCAAAGAGAACGAGAACGAAAGAUUGAUGCAGCUUGCACGAGAUAUGGAGAAUUGCGAGAUGAACUUGAACAAACUCGGCUAUCAGGCUGAUAUCAACUCAAGAAGCAACAUGAGUGCUGUAGUCAUGCGUCUCCCAAGAUAUCUUCGUUCGGAGUGGGCCAAAGAGGCACAAAACUCAAGAGAUCGGAGUAAAGAACCAGACUUUGCGCAGCUGACGAGAUUUGUUGUUAAGAAGGCAAAGCUGGCCAACACUGAAUAUGGUCGACUCAUAAGUGCAAGAUCCAACAACGAAAGGCAAUUUGGCAAGGGGUCUCAAGUGGGCAGGAAUGUGUCGACUUACCUAUCACACGGUUCAAACACGGAGAUAAAGGGACAUUUUGGGGAUCAUUCAAGGCAUGGGAACCCGACGGGCAGACCAAAAUGUUUAUUUUGCGACAGAGAUGGUCACACGAUCGAAAAGUGUUUUAAGUUUCAAGGAAAGCCCUAUGAAGAGCGAAAGAGCAUCGUAAACACGAAGAGACUGUGUAACCUUUGUCUCUGCAAGGGUCAUUUCGCCAGUAACUGCAAAAGGAGUCGUGGCUGUUUUGUUCCAGGAUGCGGAAAGCGCCAUCAUCCAAUGCUCCAUCCCGCAGAGACUGCCAAGGACGGAAAGAAAGACGUGCCAGAAAAUCAAAACGAAGAGAGAAAACCAGACUCACACGCAGCUCCAACCGGAAAUGUUCAGACUGGUCACUGUGGUGCCACCGGAACCAUCAAGAAUCGAGUGUGCUUACGAGUAAUUCCUGUAAAGGUGUUUGGGAAAGAUAGAAGUUGUGAGAAGAUAACUUAUGCAAUAAGAGACGAAGGUUCAAAUACCACCCUUGUGAAAGAGAGUCUAGUCGAAGAAUUGAACUCGAACGGACAGCCAAUAGAUUUCACGCUCACUACAAUGAAUAAUGUGUCACAAGAAUCGGGGAGAUCUCACUUCUUAUACGUUCAAGGUUUGGGUCAGAAAGACUGUCUCGAAAUCCCAAACGCUUUGUCGGUAAAGUCUUUGUCAGUCGCAAGAAGUUGUAUCCCAAACAAAGAAGACAUUGCUAAGUGGCGUCACUUCGAUGGAAUUUCUAUUCCCGAGUUGGAUAAUACGGAAGUGACUAUUCUGAUCGGUACGGAUGUUCCCGAAGCACACUGGAAGUUGGAAGAGCGCCGAGGUCGUAAGAAGGAGCCGUACGCCAUUAGAACGCCCCUUGGCUGGUCAGUCGCUGGUCCAAUGGAGAGUGCGUCUGCGAACGAAGUGAGUUCCUUCUUUAUUCGGAGUGAGGACGAUAUCUUGACGGAGAAGGUGAACAAGAUGUUCCAAAUGGACUUUAGUGAGACGACGUAUUGUCAAGAUUCGGAGAUGUCGCUGGAAGACAAAAGGGCUCUGGCCAUCAUGGAGCAGUCACUCAUUGUCGUGGACAGUCAUUACCAACUGGAUUUGCCAUUGCGUGAAAGACCAAAUUUCCCUAACAACAAGAGUUUAGCAGAACGAAGGUUAAAUUCCCUCAAGACGAGACUGAAGAAAGAUCCGAACCUCUACGACAAAUACAAGAAAGGAAUCGAUGAUUACGUGAACAAAGGGUAUGCAUGCAAGAUCAAUCAAGUCCCCCCUGUCGAAGCGAGACCAGAAAACAGCGAUGUAUGGUAUCUCCCACAUCACCCAGUUGUGCACCCUCAAAAACCCGAAAAACCGAGAAUCGUGUUUGACUGCGCCGCCAGUUUCGAAGGUGUAUCACUGAACAAGCAACUACUACAGGGUCCCGACAUGACGAACAAACUCGUAGGCGUGUUGCUGAGGUUUCGCGAAGAUCCCAUUGCGUUUUUGGCGGAUAUCGAGGCAAUGUUUUGUCAAGUAAGGGUUUCACUAGAGCAUCGUAAUCUUCUGAGGUUCCUUUGGUUUGAGGACGGUGAUUAUGAUAAACCAACGGAAGAAUAUCAGAUGCUGAUCCACCUGUUUGGGGCAACAUCUUCACCGAGUUGUGCGGGGUUUUGCCUGAGAAAGGUCGCAGAGGAAUUUAAAGAGGAGUUCAGUCCGGAAACGAUCGAGACGAUACGUAAGAAUUUUUACGUGGACGAUUGCUUAAAGUCCGUUUCCAACAACCAAGCAGCUAUUCAGUUGAUCCAGGAACUUUGCGAGAUGCUGUCGAGACGCUCGUUUCGACUAACGAAGUUCGUUAGCAACAGCAAAGAAGUCCUAACUUCUAUUCCAGAAACUGAACGUGCGCAGUCUGUCGUUAGUUUAGAUCUCGAGGAACUCCCAGUAGAAAGAGCGUUGGGCAUGGAGUGGAACGUACAGAAAGAUACAUUCGGUUUCCGGGUAAUAAGAAGAAAGAGAACGCUCACUCGACGAGGGAUUCUCUCGGACGUCAGUUCUCUGUACGAUCCUCUCGGGUUUGCCGCACCGUUUGUUUUGCCGGCCAAACGUCUUUUACAGCAACUAUGCAAGGACAAAGUGGGAUGGGAUGAAGAGAUUCCGCGAGAAGUGCUGGAUGCGUGGGAACGAUGGCUGAACGAUCUGCCUAAGUUGGUGAACAUCAGCGUUCCAAGAUGUUUCAAGCCAAGUCAUUCUGUCGAACUGAGGAGUAUCCAGUUGCACCAUUUCGCUGACGCUUCAUUUGACGGUUAUGGCGUCGUUUCCUAUCUUCGUUUUACGGACAUGGAAAAUCGAAUCCAUUGCAGUUUGGUGAUGGGAAAAUCCCGAGUUGCUCCCAUAAAACCCACAACCAUUCCAAGGCUAGAACUAACAGCAGCAACCGUAGCUGUAAAGCAGGAUAUCCAGAUUCGAGAGGAGCUAGAUUUGAAGAUCGAGUCCGUUCUAUUCUGGACAGAUUCAACGUGUGUCUUGCAGUAUAUCAAUAACGAGGCUAGCCGCUUCAAAACGUUCGUCGCAAACCGGAUUGCCAUCAUUCACGAGAAUUCGAAUCCGUCGCAGUGGCGAUACGUCAACUCGAAAGCAAACCCGGCAGAUUUUGCAUCCAGAGGCUUACGACCAAGUGACGAGCGCGAGAUAAAUCUUUGGAUAAACGGGCCGGAAUUCCUGCAUAAUGAUGAAUCUAACUGGCCUGCGCGUCCAGAAGGGGUGAAUGUUUUGUCGGACGAAAGUCUGGAAUGGAAGCGCGAAGUCGAAAUUUACGAGACGCAAGUUCGCAAAGGAGAUCCGCUAGAUUCCUUUAUCCAAUACUAUUCCUCAUGGUACCGCCUGCUGAAAGGGAUAGCGUGGCUCAUCCGGUUCCUCCACUUCGUACAAGAUACUUUUGGCAUGAAAGAUUCCCGACAAGUAAAUCCGUCGUCCGAAAGUUCGAACUCGUUGAAGCAGCGUAGAGUCAUUGGGGCCGGAGAACAGCCUUUGACAGUCGAAGAGUUGCAGACGGCAAAGAUACGCCUCAUCCGUUACGUUCAGCGCGUAGCAUUUCCCAACGAAGUCGCUUGCCUGAAACUAAAACCGAAAAGCUCCCACGGAACCCGUCCAAUCGUAAAGAAAUCGAGCAGAUUGUCGGCACUAUCGCCAUUUAUGGGAGAAUAUGGCUUGGUGAGAGUUGGCGGUCGGUUGAAUCGAGCAAAAAUAAGUUUCGACGCGAAGCAUCCAGUCGUGAUUCCCAGCAAGCACCACCUUGUCGAUUUAUUAAUACGGCAUUACCACGAGAAGGAGGGUCAUUCAGGCGUUCGAACAGUCCUUACAGCAAUCCAACGAGAGUAUUGGAUCCUCCAAGGGCGAUCUAGAAUCAGAUGGAUUAUCGAUAAGUGCAUUCGCUGUCGUAAAAUGUAUGCAUCACCGUGCGAGCAGAUCAUGGCUCCACUUCCCACGUCGCGUGUCACUGCCUGUGAAAAUCCGUUUGCAUCAACUGGAGUGGACUAUUUUGGACCUCUCCUCGUCAAAAGAGGUCGCAGUAUGGUUAAGAGAUACGGGUGUGUCUUUACGUGCAUGUCAACACGCGCGGUUCACAUCGAAGUAGCGCAUUCCCUCGACGCAGAGUCCUUUUUGUGUGCCUUCAGUCGUUUUACGGCGCGCCGAGGUAUCCCGACAGAUAUGUACAGCGACAACGGGACAAACUUUGUCGGAGCCUCCGGUACAUUAAAAGACGAAUUCGAGAACAUCCAGUCGGACGAAGUGCAGAAGAAGAUUUACGACCAAUUGAGGAUGAAGGGUGUAACAUGGCACUUUAAUCCACCAUCGGCGAGCCACACUGGUGGAGUAUGGGAGCGAGUUAUUCGUUCCAUCCGACGGAUUUUAGCUGCUCUGACGACCGAACAAACACUCGAUGAUGAGACACUGGUAACCUUGUUUGUAGAAGUAGAGAGAAUACUCAACGAUCGACCGCUUGUACGUGGUGAAGGUCAACUUGACGAUUUAGACCCGUUAACCCCGAGUAAGUUGUUACUCCUGAGAUCUAACUCGUGUUUACCGCUCGGUGUAUUCGUGGGUGCGGAUCGUUUCGGCAGACGAUGGAGGCAAGCACAAGUGUUAGCGAAUUCGUUCUGGAAGCGUUGGAUUAGUGAAUAUUUACCCACAUUACAACUGCGGCAGAAAUGGCGGAAGCAAGCGAGAAAUGUUCAAGUAAAGGAUCUCGUGUUAUUGGUCGACAGUGGAUGCCCUCGCGGACAGUGGCCAAUGGCAAUAGUAGAAGAAGUUUUUCCGGAUGAACAUGGAACCGUUCGUCAAGUUAUUAUUCGAACCAGAAGUGGAAAAUUCAGGAGAGAUGUGCGAAAGUUGUGCAUGUUGGAAGAGACAAAGAUAGACGGUGAUCAAUAA